AUGGCGACAGUGCCGAACCUAACCUAUGGGAAUGAUAUAAGAUUACCAGUCCGAGCAACAGCUCAUCUCUGUGGUAAGGUGAGUGAAGGAAGCACGUGGAUUCGCUUGAAGGUGAGACACAGGGAACCGUCCUGCAUGUGUAGGAUCAGUUCCGUCAUGCGCAUCCACGAGUCGGAGUUCCCGACACAGUCCCUUGCGUUCCUCUACCAACCUACCGGCAAUCCUGGCAGCGAGGUUGCGGGUUCGACAACAUUCGAAAUUUCAUCAGAAAACCUAGACAGCAUAUUCAGCAUCGACAAUACAACCGGGGAACUGAGCAUGCGCACAUUUAAUGGGAUCCAUACGAACCAAACCAUUCAUCAUAUCACCGUGCGUUGUCUGAGGGUCGACGAAAAUGGCGCAAUUUUGAAAGAAAAUUCUCAGAAUUUAACGCUGUGCGUCGACGCCUCCUACAACACAACCGUUCAGGGUAGAGUGAUGUACAGCCGACACAAGGGUGAUCUGGUGCUCAACCAAACAAUAGCUCAUCAUCAGUACCGUUCAUGGGUGAGACAUGCUGAAGUGUCCAUCAUCGGCGGGGAGGUUGCGAGGGAAACAUUUGGAAUCAGAAAAGGGAUAGUCGAUGGACCAGAAGAACAUGACAAGACUUUAAUUGAAAUUUACUUAUUGCGAACUAUUCCAAGGGAUCUCUCGGGUCCAGUCGAGUUCGUCGUUCGUAUCGAUGGGCAUGGGUGUGGCCGACACAGCAAUGAAACCGCACGUGGUGGUCGAACACUGGACAUCGCCCUCAACGUCACAAUCUGGCCCGUGGUCAAUUACGAAAGCACUGUGUAUAGCAACAUUACGGCGGGAAGUCGGAUUGUUGACCUAUCAAGUGCACUCUCCACUUCAAAGCGCCCUCUCCGGUUCGUCAAUGAAGAAUAUUGGCACUCCAUGUUUGAGUUGCAAGAAACAAUGGGCAUUGUUUACGUCACAAACAGAACUGCAUUGAGGCUCAUUGCACCACGCAAUGUUACCUUGUAUGUGGAGUGCGGAUCUCUUGGAGAUGUUCUUAAUGCCGGAAUCAUCAUCAAUUUAACGAUUACCAUUGAAAAGACAGAUUUGCAAACUUGUAGGGUAGGCGACAGUUGCUCCCGUCAUCGUAACCGAGCCGACUGCUUGACCCACUGCGGUAUGGGGUCAAUGCAUGGUCACUGCUCCUGGAGGGGUGGUGGGAUGCAGCGGGCCAUGUCCACUCUGUAUGCCACCUGUACGCCCGAUGUGAAGACCUGUCCGGAUAAUAGAUGCGAUCUUGUCGAGAUGGAGAAUAGGAAUGACAUCUGCCCUCAAGACUGCACCACACGUCCGGACGGUUUCCAACGACCAAUAAACAAGAGCUUACCAGGUAUUCAAGUAGCCAUCGGUCCGUGUUGGUGCUACGCAGGGGGAGGCUGCAUGUGCAUGGGAGCCGACACAAGGCCACCUCCUAUUGGCAAGCCAGCGGGACCUACACUUCCAAUCAUCAGGUUUCCAUCAAUUACUACUACGAAGGAGCCAGUUCCAUUGCAGGAGGAUCCAGGGGACGAGCUCUGCGGACCAGAGUGCUACCUUGGGGUCUGUGCAGGGGUGUUCCUCACCGCUCUCAUCACGAUCAUUUUGGCGGUGCGCAAGAGACGGGCGAGGCGCCACCAACGUCGGGCCUACACUUCCAGCAUCUUCAAGCCUCCCAUCGACGCCCCAAACACGACUCGUGCAAGCAUGGUGCUGGCAGAAUAUGCGGAUGAAAUGACGUCAGGAAGGUCGUUUGGAUUCAAAGGCCGAUUCGAACAGGACUCCAAAUGGGAGUUUCCUUUAGACAAGCUGUUGUUCGAGGAUGAGCUUGGCGAGGGUCACUUCGGUCGAGUUGUCCGAGCUCAAGCCCUCAGUAUACGAGGACAUACGGGUUACACUACGGUGGCUGUGAAGAUGCUAAAAAGAGAUACUGCCACCUCCGCUGAGCUACAUGACUUGCUUACAGAGCUCGAGCUGCUGAAACUACUCAACCAUACAAAUGUUAUUCGACUUCUUGGUGCCUGCAUUCCAAAAGACCCUUUCGAGACGUGUGUGAUAGUCGAGUACUGCAAAUAUGGAUGCCUUCGGGAGUUUCUCAGGCUAAACAGGAAGAAGGCGCUGUACACUGAAUACUCCAUAUCAAACGAAUCGUCCAGUAUUCCCGGACUUUCCCGGGGAAAAGAUGUCAUAAAGCGCUUUGACAUCGGAUUCAAAGAAAUCGCUUCAUUCGCCUGGCAAAUAUGCAAAGGGAUGCAUUAUAUAUCAUCUCUGAAGGUUGUUCAUCGCGAUUUAGCAGCUCGUAACGUACUCGUAGCCGAGGGUCUUCUGUUGAAAAUCUCCGACUUUGGUCUCACUCGUGAUGUUUAUGAAAGGGGUCUGUACGAGAGGCAAAGCAAGUCAUUACUUCCAGUAAAAUGGAUGGCUGUGGAAGCCCUCUACGAUAACGUAUUUACAGUGAAAAGUGAUGUAUGGUCGUUCGGUAUCUUAUUAUGGGAGAUCGUAACGAUGGGGGCCAUUCCAUACCCUGGUGUUACUGCAGAGAGACUGUGCCAACUACUACGGGACGGCUACAGGAUGGAUAGACCAGAAGAGUGCAGUGAAGAAUUAUAUACAAUAAUGAAGCAAUGUUGGUCGGAUGAUCCACAAGAACGGCCUUCUUUCGAGAAACUCGGUUUGCAGUUCGAGAAAAUGCUUGAAGAAACAAUGUACGUAUAA